UUGGGGGAGGCCAUCCUUGCAGAUAAGAUGCCGAAGGAAACAAUAAAAGGACGACUUCUACCUCGCUCCCUGUCUUCGUUGUCCUCCUGAGACGUCUCUCUCGCUUCAUCCACCUUUUUUCUCUGCGGGUUUGUUCAACCGAAGGCAGGACAACUGGAGACUGAAAUGGGUGAAUGGGAUGUGCUGGGCCGCCUGCUGGAUAAAGUGCAGAGCCACUCCACGGUGAUCGGCAAGGUCUGGCUCACCGUGCUGUUCGUCUUCCGCAUCCUGGUCCUACGCACCGCCGCUGACAGGGUGUGGGGCGAUGAGCAGUCCGACUUUGUCUGCAACACUCGGCAGCCCGGCUGUGAGAACGUCUGCUACGACCUCGCCUUCCCCAUCUCUCACGUUCGCUUCUGGUUCCUUCAGAUUCUUGCGGUGGCGACGCCGAAGCUGCUAUACCUUGGUCACGUCCUUCAUGUGAUCCACAUUGAGAAGAAGGUGAAGGAGAGGAUGAAGAAGCAGGCCAUGUUGGAUGACCAGGCCAGUCUCUUCCUUAGGAGGACCUACAAAGUUCCCAAGUACACCAAGAGCAACGGCAAGAUCAGCAUCCGCGGGCGUCUCCUUCGCAGUUAUGUCCUCCAUCUUGUGGCCAAGAUCAUCCUGGAAGUCUUAUUCAUCCUGGGUCAGUUCUUUCUCUACGGUUUCACCCUCCAGACUCGCUACGUCUGCACCCGCUUCCCGUGCCCCCACAAGGUGGACUGCUUCCUGUCCAGGCCUACGGAGAAGUCGGUGAUCAUCUGGUUCAUGCUGGUGGCGGCAAUCCUGUCCCUCCUCCUCAGUGUGGUCGAGCUGCUCUACCUGUUCGUGAAAGCCGUGAAGGAGUGCAUGGCGAGGAGGCAGGACUACACCGUGACCCCGGUGACGCCUCCGCUUUCGGGAAGGAAAGCUUUUAAGAGCCGCGACGAGAUGAUCCAAAACUGUGUCAACCUGGAGCUGGAGCUCCAAGGACGAAAGCUGGGGGUGAACGGGGUCACGGGCGGGGUCACGGGCGGGGUCGGCGAGGUUGCAAAGAACGUGUCGCCUGAGGACAACAACAUGGGGGAAGUCCACAUCUGAUGAUAGGUUGUACGUGUCAGAUUCGACCCUGAGUUCCUGUAUUUGUGUGCUUUGGCUUGUCAGGAAAGAUGUGUGUUUGUGUGUGUGUGCAGUAAAUAAAGACGGAGGGGAGUAACCAGCUUCUGUAAACACGACUCAGUCACAUGCAAAAUGUUGCUUUAUAUCAGUGACCUUUUUUACAUAAUACAAAAAUAACUAACCAUGUUUUCACUUUGUAGAGAUUGUAUUCUGAUGAUAAUUGAUUGAUUAUUUUAGAUGCUGUUACAGUUUUUUUAUACAAUAAAACCUCUGGAUCUUUUCCAGAUGUCCCUUUU